AUGGAUGUCAGACCCCAGGAAUGCUCACUGCAGUAUCUAGACCUCAUCCACAUCACCACCCACAGCAGUGUGGAUUCCAAGGAUUGCAUCAGUUGUCCAGAGGACUUUUGGUCUAGUUCCAAGCAUGAUAAAUGCAUUACCAAAGGAACUGAGUUCCUGUCCUAUCAGGAGCCUCUGGGAAUCUGCUUGACAGCUGCCUCAUUGCUGGGGACAUUUAUUUGUGCUGUUGUUCUUGGAAUCUUCACAUAUUAUCGCAGUACACCAAUAGUACGAGCCAACAAUUCAGAAUUGAGCUUCCUGAUCAUAAUUUCUCUAAAGCUGUGCUUUCUGUGCUCCCUGCUGUUCAUUGGCCGGCCUCAGCUGUGGACAUGUCAGCUGAGGCAUGCAGCGUUUGGGAUCAGCUUUGUGCUUUGUAUCUCAUGUAUCCUGGUAAAAACCAUGGUGGUUGUGGCUGUGUUUAAGUCCUCCAAACCAGGAGCUGGAACCAGACUGAAAUGGUUUGGUGUCAGACAACAGAGAGGGACAGUUCUGGCUUUGAGUUCUGUCCAGGCAGUAAUCUGCACUGUUUGGCUUGUCUCUUCCUCUCCAGCUCCACAAAACACAAAAUAUCACAAUGACAAAAUAGUUUAUGAAUGUGUUGUUGGCUCCACAGUUGGUUUUGCAGUGUUACUGGGUUAUAUUGGCUUUCUGGCUGUCCUCAGCUUCCUGCUAGCCUUUCUAGCCAGGGAUCUUCCUGACAGUUUUAAUGAGGCUAAACUCAUCACUUUCAGCAUGCUGAUAUUCUGUGCUGUGUGGGUGGCAUUUGUCCCAACUUAUAUCAGCUCCCCUGGUAAAUAUGCAGAUGCAGUGGAAGUAUUUGCCAUCCUGGCCUCCAGUUUUGGCCUCUUGGCUGCACUGUUUGGACCCAAAUGUUACAUUAUCCUCAUAAGGCCCGAAAGAAACACAAAGAAGGCAAUCAUGAGCCGAGAUAUUGACACUUAA